GAUUAACAACCGAGCAGCCUUUAGUCGGAGUUCAUUCUAAGAUGAUUCAGUCAAUUUAAACUGCUCAGUCAAAAUUGAAUUGAGCAUGUUGUGCUCCCAAAUUGAGUGUUCGGACGGUUUUUGCUGCGAAAUACGGUUGUAGUCUACACAACAGCUUAACUGGCAUGUAAUCUCGCGAUGUCGUUCGUGGCGUCGUUCCAAAGCAUAAAAGAGCUAAAACCAUUCAAGCCACCAAAAUGCGACAUCGACAACGGAGUCUUCAAGCUCCAUUACAGAUGGACCAUGGCCAUACUCAUGGUAUCCACCAUUUUGGUGACAAGUAGGCAAUACAUAGGUGAACACAUUAGAUGCAUCGCCGACAAAGGUGUCCCCGAACAUGUCAUGAACACUUUUUGUUUCUUUACCACUACCUUCACAGUGAUAAAACACAUGAACUCGACGUCGUUGGACGCCAAGUCGAUCCCUCAUCCUGGCGUGGGACCUAUGUCUUACGAAGUUGAUCCCGUCAAAAGACACGCGUAUUACCAGUGGGUGCCUUUCGUUUUGUUCGGACAGGCCUUGAUGUUUUGCAUUACCAAAUUCAUUUGGAAGAAACUAGAAGGCAACAAAAUUAAGGCUUUGGCUGACGGUUUGCAAAGUGCCGCCUAUGCUUUUCUCGAGAAACCCAUGGUUACGAAAAAGGACGAAAAAGAAUAUAAAAUUCCCACAAAAGCGGAUAGGCAAAAGGCGAUUGAACAGAUCAGAAAGGCCUUCAUGGAUCGAAUGUAUAUAAAUGGAAGAUGGUCAAUUUAUCUCAUAGGGUGCGAAUUUUUAAACGUCUUACACGUUUUACUACAGUUUUACAUCACCAAUAAAUUCUUAAACGACAAGUUCUACGACUUAGGCCCGACCAUGAUUCGUGAAGGUUUGGAAGAUAGUGUGACGGUUUUAGAUGAAGUAUUUCCGAAGGUUACGAAAUGCAACUUUCACAAAUACGGUCCAUCGGGCAGCAUCCAAUUGCACGACGCCAUGUGCGUGAUGGCUCUGAACAUCGUGAACGAAAAAAUCUACGGGUUCCUGUGGUUCUGGUUCAUGUUCCUACUCAUCGCCUCCGUUUCGGCCGUGAUUUGGAGAGGUUUGACCAUAUUCCUGCACGCCAAAAGCAAAGCCUUCAACAGAUUCGUGUUCUCGAACACGUGUCCAGGGAAACUGAAUCCUUGGGAGAAUCUGACCGUCUCCAGACAUUGCAAUUACACAGACUGGCUGUUUUUAAAGUACCUGUCCAAGAACAUUGACGGGUUGGUGUUCAAGGAGGUUUUCUUAGGCAUUGCUGAGGACUUGGAGGAGAAGAAGCCUCUGAUUGACAUUGAGAGCAAUUAAUAACGUUUUGUUGACUCAUUUUAGACUUUGGUUUUGUAUAUAUGUAAUGUAACGUAUUUUUUAGUAUUAAGAUGUAUUCGAAUGAAUUAGUGAUAUAUAUAUAUAUAUAU